AUGUCCAACGUCCAGCAGACCGGAAAGAAGCAGCGCUCGGCCAUUGCCGACGUGGUGUCGCGCGAGUACACCAUCAACUUGCACCGCAGAUGCCACGGUGUUAGCUUCAAGAAGCGCGCUCCUCGUGCCAUCAAGGAGAUCCGUGCUUUCGCCGAGCACGCUAUGGGCACCAAGGAUGUCCGCCUCGACCCCCAGCUGAACAAGAAGGUCUGGGAGGCCGGUAUCAAGGGUGUUCCUUUCCGUCUCCGCGUUCGCAUCUCCCGCAAGCGUAACGACGAGGAGGGUGCUGCUGAGCGUCUGUACUCCCACGUCCAGGCUGUCAACGUCAAGGACCCCAAGGGUCUGCAGACCACUACCGUCGAUGACGCGUAA